GCUAUAACGGUACACAAGUUGCUGUCGGAAAACGGAAAACGCGAGCGUCCCAAGUGGAAAUGUAGCCCAAUCCGUUCGCUUCGGGGUAUCCAUCUAAAGCGGCCCUCGCACACACACAAACGCAAAAACACACGCUCGCACUUUCGGGCUCGCACCACUACAGGCGCCUCCGUGUGUCUUCGUAUCUCUCCAGCUACAGCUACAGCUCCCAGCUCCAGCGCAGUGGAGACGGCGUGUCUGGGCCUCAUUAGAAGACUGGCUAGCUGGCCCAAUCGAAAUCGGAAUAAAAUAAAACUAAGCAAAAACCAAACAAACCAAAACAGAACACAGAAACAAAAAAAAGAUAAAGCAAAAGAAUGAAAUAAAAUAAAAUAAAAUAAAAACAGUGGAUCCAUUAAGGCAGAACAAGAUGGAAUAUUGAAUGGAAUCAUUUGCUAUAUGCACAUACAUUAGCAGCCGAAGGACAACCCAAUCAUCCUCGCGCUACUCGACUCGACUCCACUCCACCUCUACCUCCACUGGCUGGGCGUGCUAGUGCAUGGCGGCCAUCUCGACUCCGGGAAACAUGGAUGAAAAUGCGAUAAGCACUUGAUAAAUAUGAGCAGAGGCAUCGCCGGAGGCAGAGACAGAGACAGACACCGAACAGAGUCUUAACAAGCGACAACUUUCAGUAAACAAGAAAGCAAAGAGCAGAAUCAUAUCAUGCAUCCCGAGGCAACGAUCGAUAUAAUGUGCCAGCAGCUCAAGGAGCCACAUCCACAUCCACAAGCCAGCCGCUGGCAGCGACUGAAGCUGCAUUACUCGCUCCCCUGGAGCCUUGGCAUUGGCAUUGGCAUGGGCCCAUUGCUGAUGCUGAUGCUCCUGCUGGUUAUGCUGGAGACCUGCCAAGUGCGGGGCUCCUACCUAGAGCCCGACGAACUUAUCCAGGAGCUGGAUCGACCGGUGCCGCUGACAUCGGUGCAGGGUGUGCUGGGCCGGCAGGCCAUGCUGCCCUGCGACAUCUCACCGCUGGAACGCGACGACGCCGUGUACAUGGUGCUCUGGUUCCGCGAGGGCGAUGGCGAGCCCAUCUACAACUUCGAUGUGAGGGGGCGGCAGUUUGGCCAGGCGCGCCUCUGGUCCUCGCCGCUGGCCUUCGGGACACGCGCCCACUUCAGCAGCACCACCCACCCCGCGCAGCUCAAAAUUGACAACAUACGCAUCGAGGACGAGGGCGUCUACCGGUGCCGAGUCGAUUUUCGAAAUUCGCCCACGAGGAAUCUGAAGAUAAAUCUAACUGUCAUCGUGCCCCCAGACAGACCCAUCAUCUAUGGCCAGAACAGGCAUGAAAAGGCCAGCAAUGUGGAGUCCUUCAACGAGGGCAACGAUAUUGUCCUCUCCUGCGAAGUCUCAGGCGGUCGACCGCGUCCCAAUGUCACAUGGUACUUGGACAACGCGGCCAUCGACGAGUCCUUCGAACAGCGGCCCGAUGGCAAGACCAUCAACCACCUGUCCUACCCCAAUGUGGGCCGCCAGCAUCUCAACUCUCGCCUUGUGUGCGUGGCCAGCAACACGAACCUGACGCCACCCAACAACAAGGUCGUCAUCCUGGACGUGAAUCUUAAGCCCAUGGCCGUGCACAUACUCACCAAGGAUCGAUUCGUGUCCGCCGAUCGCACCUACGACAUUGAGUGCAAGAGCUCGGGCUCCAAGCCGCCCGCUCUCAUCAGCUGGUGGAAGGGCAGCAAGCAGCUGAAGAAGCUCACCAAGAAUUUUAAUGAACCCGAUAAUCAAUCUCUAAGUAUACUGACGUUUACGCCCGGACGCGAGGACGAUGGCAAAUAUUUAACAUGUCGGGCAGAAAAUCAAUUCAUCGACGGCAGCGCCAUCGAGGACAAAUGGCGUCUCAUUGUCCACUACCAGCCCACAACGACGCUGAAGAUUGGCUCAUCCCUGAACCCGGACGACAUCAAAGAGGGCGAUGACGCGUAUUUCGAGUGCGUCGUUCAAUCGAAUCCCAAGCCCUACAAGAUGUCCUGGUUCCACAACGGCAAGGAGCUGCAGCACAACAUCUCCGCCGGCGUCAUCCUCUCGGAUCAGUCGCUGGUGCUGCAGAGCGUCUCACGUGCCUCGGCCGGUGACUACACUUGCCUCGCUGUCAACUCUGAGGGCAAAGGCCCAAGUAAUCCGGUCACAUUGCGCAUACGCUACGCCCCCAUCUGUGCUACCGACCACGAGGAGCUGCUGGGCGCCUUAAAGCACGAGACACUGCCACUGAAGUGCGAGGUGGACGCCUCGCCACCUGCCGACUCCUUCCACUGGACCUUCAACUCGUCGGGGGAGCAAACCGAGCUGCCCGCUCGCCUGCACUCCACUGAGACGGGCAUGUCGCGACUGAACUACACGCCCAGCACCGACCUGGACUACGGCACAAUUUCCUGCUGGGGCAAGAACUCCAUUGGCAUGCAGAAGAGUCCCUGCGUCUUUCAAAUUGUGGCCGCGGGUCGGCCCUUCCCACUGCAGAACUGUUCGGUGACCAAUCAAUCGGUGGACUCCCUGCAAGUCGACUGCAUCGAGGGAUUCGACGGCGGCUUGCCCCAGGGCUUCAUGCUGGAGCUGGUCGAAUUGAACACCCUGCGAUUGGCCAGAAAUAUCACCGUAUCGCACACCCCGGUCACGUUUAUCAUUGACAAUCUGGACCAGGCUGCCACCUACCGGAUGGUGAUAUUCGCUGUCAAUGCCAAGGGCCGCUCCGAGCCCACCAUAAUCGAUGACAUCAACUUCAAGGGAGUGGCCAAGUUCACGGGUGCCUCGACGGGUCUCUCCAUGCCGCUGUCGCCGUUCCUUGCCGGCCUGACCCUCUUCUGUGGCCUCCUCUUUGCCAUCUUCUGCAUAAUGCUGGCUGCCAUCUACCGGAGGUUCUCGAAUCGGCGCACCGACAACAACCUGAAGGUUGCGAAGCACACGCAGCUGAGCAUUCCGGCGGACUGCCAGCUGGACCCGCUGCAUCCGGGCGUGCACAGCGGACAGCCGGAGCAGGGGAGCAACCACCAGCCGCACCACAGCCUGCUGCCCCUUAAUUGUGAUAAUCGCAACGCGGUCGACUGCGCCAACCUGGGCGAGGUGAGCGUCGGCAUGGACGGCGUCAAAGGGAGCUCACCCAUUGGCCUGGUGGCCCUGGGCAGCGAAACGCUGCGUUCGACGGCCCGGACCCGGCACAGUCCGCUGACCGAUCAGCUCGAUAUAGAUGACACAGAUCCCGAUGUUAUACCAAAUCAGUAUGAAAAACGUCCACUGAAGAGUCUGGUGUCGCCACCGGGCUUUGCCAGCCCCUCGACUCGCCUCAUGCAGCGCGACUACGUCCGGGAGACAGAGCUGGUGAAGGGCAGCUGCGAGACAGUGGGCGCAGCGGAGGGCCUGUCCAGCAUUGGUCUGAUGAGCAGUUCCGGCAACGAGGUGCUGCACUACACCUUUCGGCCCAGCAAGCAGCUCAGCUAUGCGACGCUCAAUAGGAAGGGCAUAACCACCUGCAGUCCGCCGCUGGGCACGCAGAACUAUAGCGUGAGCACAUCGACAUCGACGCCCUCAUCCUCAUACCAUCUAACACCGCAGCCCAUGGAGGUCAGUCUGCUCAGUCCGAAUCAUCCAUCGGUGACGUCCUCGCUGAGCGAAUACCGAUUUCGAACCGGUCCCGAGAUAGUCACCACUUCCAAUCGCAUACAGGAAAGUUGUAUAUAAAUUUCACACACACACAUGCACCUAUACAUACAUCAAAUGCUACAUACCAUAGCCGUAUACA